CAACCGAGUCACGCCCCUCUCCAUCCCCAGGAGCUGGGAUUAACGGUCCCGAAAUCCCUGCACUGGAAGUGGCGGCCUGCGGUGCGCGCAAUGGCUCCGGACGCCUCCGCCCUGGUGCUGUGCUGUUGCUGCUCCCUGGCGCUGCUGGGCGCCCGCCCGGCCUCCGCUUCCUCCAAAGCGGUGACGGCCCGCUUGGCGGCCAAGUGGCCCGACACCCCGCUGCUGCUGGAGGCCAGUGAAUUUAUGGCAGAAGAAAGUAAUGAAAAAUUUUGGCAGUUUUUAGAAACCGUAAAACAAAUAGGAAUUUAUAAGGAAACAGAAUCAGAUGCUUCUUAUUAUAACUUGAUCCUGAAGAAAGCUGGACAGUUCUUAAACAAUAUACACAUCAAUCUUUUGAAGUUUGCUUUAUCUAUAAGAGCUUACUCUCCAACGAUUCAGAUGUAUCAACAGAUCGCUGCUGAUGAGACUCCACCAGAUGGUUGUAAUGCAUUUGUGGUUAUCCAUAAGAAACACACCUGUAAAACUAAUGAGAUCAAGAAGCUGCUGAAGAAGGCUACUUCCAGACCCAGACCUUACCUGUUUAAGAAAGAUCAUAAGUUUGUAACAAGCAAAGAGGAUUUACCAGUGGUUAUUCUCUAUGCAGAAAUAGGUACCAGGGCAUUUGGUACAUUCCAUGACGUGCUGGUUAAAAAAGCUCAAUCUGGAGACAUUGUGUAUGUUCUUCGGCAUUAUAUUCAGAAGCCAAGCUCACAGAAAGUGUACUUAUCUGGCUAUGGUGUGGAGCUGGCAAUUAAGAGUACAGAAUACAAAGCACUGGAUGACACUCAAGUUAAAAGUGUCCCUAAUUCUACCAUUGAAGAUGAGCUACAAACCAAUGAAGUCCAAGGCUUUCUCUUUGGGAAAUUAAAAGAAAGAUAUCCAGAUCUUAUUGGUAAUCUGAAUGCUUUCCAAAGAUACCUGAUUGAGAGUAAUAAAGAAAUGGCACCUUUGAAAGUGUGGGAACUACAAGAUCUUAGUUUCCAAGCAGCUUCUCAAAUAAUGUCCACUCCAGUGUAUGAUGCUAUCAAGCUGAUGAAGGACAUUUCACAGAAUUUCCCAAUAAAAGCCAGAUCUCUGACCAGAAUUGCUGUAAAUCAGAAAAUGAAGGCUGAAAUACAGGAAAACCAGAAGGAUCUUCACAGUAAAUAUGAAAUUAAUCCCGGUGAUGCUUGUCUAUUUAUAAAUGGGCAUCUCUUUGACAUGGAUUCUUUCGAUCCUUUUAGUGUUUUGGGUAUGCUGAAAGUGGAAGGGAAGAUGAUGAAUAGCCUGCACAGUCUUGGGAUCAAUGCAGAAGAUAUGAGCGAAUUUCUAAAAUUAAACUCACAUGUUUGGAGUGAUGACUAUGCAUUAGAUAUCAGGCAUUCUUCUAUCAUGUGGAUGAAUGACUUAGAAAAUGAUGAAAUGUAUGCCACAUGGCCUUCAAGUUGCCAGGAGCUUCUGAAGCCAGUAUUCCCUGGGUCGAUACCUCCUGUGAGGCGUAACUUUCAUAAUUUGGUUUUGUUUAUUGAUCCCACUCAACAUUAUGCCUUGGAUUUCAUAAAUCUUGCUGUGCUCUUCUAUCAACAAAAAAAUCCUCUUCGAAUUGGUUUUGUGUUCAUUGUUAAUUCAGAUGAUGAAGUUGAUGGAACAGAAGAUGCUGGGGUUGCUCUUUGGCGAGUUUUCAACUAUAUUGCAAGAGAAUCUAAUGUAGCCCAAGCAUUUAAUUCCAUAGCUCAUAUGUACAAAAAAGUGAAUGAUCAGAAUUUGCUCACUGUAGAGAAUGUGAAGAAAGUUCUUCGAGACCAGUUUCCUAAAGCAGAUGUCGGGGAUAUUUUGGGAAUCCAUUCGGUGUAUGAUAAUGAAAGAAAGGGAGGAGCAAGCUAUUAUAAGAUGACCGGUCUGGGCCAUUUGCCUCAAGCCCUUUAUAAUGGUGAAUUAUUCAGUGCUGAAGAGUUGAAUAUCAAGCAUUUAGAAAUGGCUGUGGCUCACAGAAUGAUUAAUACAUUGAUAUAUUUACAACGGGAAGUCAUCACGGGCUCAUUAAAUGAUGGAACAAACACAAUUGAUUUCCUUAUGGCAAAGAAUAAUGUCAUACCCCGUAUUAAUCCUCUGAUUUUACACAACAACCAGAAUUACCUUAAUUUAAUAUCAACAUCAGUGACUGCUGAUAUUGAAGAUCAUUCCACUUUCUUCUUCUUGGAUUCACAAGAUAAGAGUGCUGUCAUUGCACAGAACAUGUAUUAUUUGACCCAAGAAGGUGACAAUGGAAUCUCUGCAGUUACUUUCUGGAUCAUUGCUGACUUUGACAAACCAUUAGGAAGAAAACUGCUUGAUAAUGCAUUAAGGUACAUGAAAUUAAGCGUUCAUUGUCGGCUGGGAGUUAUUUAUAAUCCUACAUCCAAAAUAAAUGAAGAGAACACAGCUAUUUCCAGAGGAAUUUUGUCAGCUUUUCUUACACAGAAAAACAAAUUUUUGAGUGGCUUUCUCAGCAAACUGGUAAUGGAAGAAACUGCUACAGCAAUUUACUCUGGAGAAAAAAUUAAAACAUUCUUGACUGAGGGAAUGGAUAUGGAUGCUUUUGAGAAAAAAUACAAUACUAUUGGAAUAAAUAUUUUCCAAACUCACCGGUUGUUUUGUCAAGAUGUACUAAAAUUGGAUCCUGGGAAAAUGGGUGUUGUCAGCAAUGGGAGAUUUCUAGGACCUUUGGAUGAAAUUUUCUAUAUGGAAGAUUUUCUCCUGUUGGAAAAGAUGGCAUUUACCAAUUUGGUAGAGAAAAUUAAAGGCUUUGUUGAAAAUAUGAACUUAAGUCCGAAGAACAUGAGUGACCUGGUUAUGAAAACUGAUGCCCUUAUUUCAUCUUUACCUCCACGUGCAUCUCGGUAUGAUGUCAGCUUUCGAAAAGAGGAUCACAGCAUUGUAAAGAUCGAUCCACCAGAGAAUGAUAUGUUCUUUGAUGUUGUUGCUAUUGUUGAUCCUUUGUCAAGAGAAGCGCAGAAGAUGACACAGGUGUUGAUUGUACUGGGCAAGAUUAUCAACAUGAAAUUGCGCUUGUUCAUGAACUGUAAAGGCAUGCUUUCAGAAUCACCUUUAAAGAGUUUUUACCGUUUCGUUCUGGAGUCAGAACUGAUGUUAGAAACUCAGAAGCCCCGUGGACCAGUGGCAAAAUUCGUGGAGAUCCCCCAGUCGCCUCUUCUGACCCUCAACAUGAUCACUCCUGAAAGCUGGUUGAUUGAAGCGGUACAGAGUAGCUGUGACUUGGAUAACAUUCACUUGGAGGAUAUCAAGGGAAGUGUUACAGCGGAAUAUGAGCUCGAGUAUCUACUCCUUGAAGGACACUGCUUUGAUAUCAAUUCAGAACAACCGCCCCAGGGACUUCAGUUCACACUGGGCACGAAAAAGAUCCCCGUUGUGGUAGAUACCAUAGUGAUGGCCAAUCUUGGAUACUUUCAGUUAAAAGCAAACCCGGGAGCAUGGAUCCUAAAACUACGUGAAGGAAAGUCCGAGGAUAUCUAUCAGAUAGUUGGGCACCGAGGAACAGACUCACAGUCAGACCAUGAGGAAGUCCUGGUGGUGCUGGAAAGCUUCGAGAGCAAAUUACUGGAAGUGCAGGUGAAAGAAAGGCCAGGCAUGCUGAAGGAAGAUAUCCUUGCGGAUAAGGAUGAAGAAAGGAAAGGAGUGUGGGAUUCCAUUAAAAGUUUCACACGAGGGCUGCAUAAAAAGGAAGAGAAACCAGAAGCAGAUGUUCUCAACAUUUUUUCAGUUGCUUCUGGGCAUUUAUAUGAACGGUUUUUAAGAAUUAUGAUGCUUUCUGUUUUGCGUAACACGAAAACACCUGUGAAGUUCUGGUUUCUGAAAAAUUAUCUGUCGCCAACAUUUAAGGAGGUGAUCCCACUCAUGGCCAAGGAGUAUGGAUUUCAAUAUGAACUAGUCCAGUACAAAUGGCCCCGUUGGCUUCAUCAGCAGACGGAAAAACAGAGGAUUAUUUGGGGGUACAAAAUUCUUUUCCUCGAUGUCCUUUUUCCUCUAGCAGUGAACAAAAUCAUUUUUGUGGAUGCUGACCAGAUUGUGAGGCACGACCUCAAAGAACUCCGAGACUUGGACCUGGAUGGGGCCCCAUAUGGAUACACCCCGUUUUGUGACAGCCGCACGGAUAUGGAUGGGUAUCGUUUCUGGAAAACAGGAUAUUGGGCAUCACAUCUUCUGCGAAGGAAAUACCACAUUAGUGCCUUGUAUGUUGUGGACCUCAAGAAAUUCAGGAGAAUUGCAGCAGGUGACAGGCUCCGGGGCCAGUACCAGAUUCUCAGUCAAGAUCCAAACAGUCUUGCAAACCUGGACCAGGAUCUUCCCAAUAGCAUGAUUUACCAAGUGGCCAUUAAGUCACUUCCUCAAGACUGGCUGUGGUGUGAAACCUGGUGUGACGAUGAGUCCAAAGGAAGAGCCAAAACAAUUGAUCUGUGCAAUAAUCCCAAAACCAAAGAGCCCAAACUAAAAGCUGCUGCCAGGAUUGUCCCCGAAUGGGUGGACUAUGAUACGGAGAUUCGCCAACUGCUGGAGAACCUUGGAAGCAAGAGUAAAAGUCCAAAAAAAGCUUGUUUUUAUCUCCUCCAGUCUGAAUCUUACACAUCAUUUUGCUUUUAUUCUUGUCAAUUGCCUAAUACCUGUAACUGCCGAAUGCCCGUUUGCCUAAUUCACUGUGAAAUAACAGGAAACACUCUAGGAGACUCACUCUGCCUGAAAAACUAUAUUACCACCCCUGCCCCAGUAACUAAGCGCACGAUGAGCUCUAGCACCUCCUGGCUAUGUGGAAGCGACAGAGACCCACAAGCACUCCACUGCCUGUUGGACAACCGUGAACUCCUGCUGAGACUUUCAGAAGUUCAUUUCCUCCCGACUACCCAGUCGGCCGACAUGGAAUUUCAAAGCGAUCACAGUGACAUCAUCUGUGGAAGAACCGGACUGAAAAGAACAAUUACAGCUGCUGAGGUUUCAGAGCGACGAAAAGAGGAAAAGGAUUUGUGCUUGGCUGUUGUGGGCAUGGGGGGCCAGCAGGCCUCCCACAACCGAAAUUAA